GAUAUUCGUUGCUGCUGAUGUGUAGUAACCGAAAGUGAGGCUGCAAACUUAGUUACCAUCGGAAGAAAGGCAGCAUGGGAAAUCAACUUUGUUAAUGCUGCCAGUAACCAAAGGUAUGCAGUUUCAUGGUGAGAAUUUGCAAAUUCACUUUCUCAGGUUUCCUGUUUUCGUGAGGCGUCAACAUCCAAAAUUUGUGUGCCGUAUCACACAAACCCUCUUUAGGGGGGCAACAUCCUGUUCAGCCUUUAUGCCAGCAGUGUUCAGUUUCAUCCAAAUCUCCCAGUUUUUGUCUCUACCUAAGAUUCAUGCAAUUAACUUCCUUCCAUCCAUCAACCUGCCAUCACUUGGUCCCAUCCCAUGCAUGCAUUAGUAGCCACACAUCAUCCUAUAAAUGACUCACUCCAACAAGUGAGAGAUUCAUCACAAAGAAGAAGAGAAACUAGUAGCCCAUCAUUCAUUCACAUCACUAUAACUGACAAAAUGGCAAGGCCUGGUAGUGGUAACAUCCCAGGAUCAGCAUGCAUUCCUCUUCUGAUUCUGCUGCUGCUGCUGCUGCUACUGCAUCCAUCAGAAGCUCAGCCUUCUCCUGGCUACUACCCAAGCAAGAUGUUCAGGUCGAUGGCCUUCUAUGAAGGGUACAGCACCCUGUGGGGCCCACAGCACCAGACCCUGUCCCAGGAUCAGAAGUCUCUCACCCUGUGGAUGGACCGUAGCUCAGGGAGCGGGUUCAAGUCGACACGGUCGUACCGGAACGGCUACUUCGGGGCGUCGAUCAGGGUGCAGCCGGGCUACACCGCCGGCGUCAACACGGCCUUCUACCUGUCGAACACGGAGCAGUACCCGGGGCACCACGACGAGAUCGACAUGGAGCUGCUGGGGACGGUGCCGGGGGAGCCGUACACGCUGCAGACGAACGUCUACGUGCGCGGCUCCGGCGACGGCAACAUCGUCGGCCGCGAGAUGCGCUUCCACCUCUGGUUCGACCCCACCGCCGGCUUCCACCACUACGCCAUCCUCUGGAACCCCGACCAAAUCUUGUUCUUGGUGGACGACGUGCCGAUCAGGAGGUACGAGAAGAAGGUGGAGGGGACGUUCCCGGAGCGGGAGAUGUGGGCGUACGGAUCCAUCUGGGACGCCUCCGACUGGGCCACCGACGGCGGCCGCUACCGCGCCGACUACCGCUACCAGCCCUUCGUCUCCCGCUUCGCCGACCUCAAGGUCGGCGGCUGCGCCACCGCCGCGCCGCCGGCGUGCAGCCCCGUGCCGGCGUCGUCCGGCGGCGGCUCCGCGGCGCUCAGCCCGCAGCAGGAGGCCGCCAUGGCGUGGGCGCAGCGCAACGCCAUGGUCUACUACUACUGCCAGGAUUACUCCAGGGAUCACACCUUCUACCCCGAGUGCUGAUGAACAGCGUCAAGAUUAUUGCUCAUUGGCUCAUUGCUUCGUUGGAUUCAUGUGAAGUGUGAUCGAAUUAGUGUGAACUGCAUGCUGCACAGCUGCAAUUUGGUAGUUGAGGCGUGCAUAAGUUGAUUAAAAUCAUUAUCGUAUGCAAUGCGUCAGUUGUAUCAUAAUGUGGUUGCAGUGACUUAAGUAGCACCAUAAGAUCCUGAGUUAAAAUUUCUAUAUGAGCAAAUUUCAUAUUGGGUUUUUUGAAGGGCCAAAUUCCCAAUUUAAAUGGACUGUAUACAUCCGGUUGGAUAUAGAGGCCGGGUAAAAAAAAUACCUUUAUCUAAAAAAAAAAGUUGUGUCAUGCUGCAUUGUUUAAGUGUUUA